AUGGAAGUGUUGAUCAAUAUUGAUGAAGAUGAAAAGAUAGAGUUGUAUGAUGAUUUACAAUCGAUUCCAAUCGAUUUUCAAAAUGCAUUUUGCAGAAAAGGCACUUAUGAAUUAUUUUACUGUGGAUCUGAGAGAGCUGGAAAGUCAACUAUGAUCCAAUUCCUCUUCUCACGGUAUGAGAAUGGCAAAUGUGAAGAUCAAUAUCCAUUUUACUUCAUGGAUUAUCUUUGGCCUUGGCUCGAUGAAGCCGAAAUUAUGUAUCUAUAUUCCAUUGAAAAAGACUCCUGUUCAAAUGAAACGCAGUCGAUGUAUUAUUACAGGCCGCCGAAACAAGCUAAAAUUGACAAAUGCAAACCGAGAUAUGGACCUAAAGCGCAAAAAUAUCGAUAA